AUGACUAGCAUACUGACCGAAAUACACUGUCUUCAGAUACUGGCAGUAUUGCUGAUCCACUUGGAAAGGCUGAGGGGCUUUCGUUCCUCCAUCUUUCUCUUUCUGUUUUGGACGCUCGCAGUGAUCUGCUCACUGGUGCCUCUCAGAGCCAACAUACAAGCCAUCAUAGACGAGGGUUUCUCUGCAGAUGCGAUGAGAUUCGUGGCAUUUUUCACAUUCUUCACUCUCCAGUUGGCUCAGCUCAUCCUCAGCUGUUUCGCUGAUCAGCGCCCAGCGACUCUUAAACCUAUAUAUGUAAAGAACCCAUGUCCAGUUGAGGAUGCUUCUUUCCUUUCAAAAGUACUGUUUUGGUGGUACGGCAGAUUGGUGGUAAAGGGCUACCGCUCACCUUUACAAGCUGAAGACCUCUGGUCUCUACGAGAAGAGGAUACAUCUGAAAAAAUCAUUUGUGAUCUGGAGAAAGAGUGGGCCAAGCAAUGGGCCAAAAUGCAACAGCAAGAGAGCACUCUGAAUGGAGCACAAGCUCUUGGUUAUAAACUGAGCGAGCAGACGCAACUGCUCAGAAAACUUCAUAAAGAACAAAUCUCAGGCUUCUGUCUGCUCCGGACGCUAGCCAAAAACUUUGGCCCUUACUUUCUGACAGGAACUCUCUGUUUGGUCAUUCAAGAUGCUUUCAUGUUCUCCAUACCACAAGUGUUAAGUCUACUGCUUGGCUUUGUGAGGGAUGAAGACGCCCCCUUGUGGAAGGGUUACCUCUUUGCCUUCUUGAUGUUUCUAUUGUCUUGUCUGCAGUCCCUGUUCAACCAUCAGUACAUGUAUGCAUGCUUCACAGUAGGCAUGAGGGUUAAAACUGCAGUCAUGGGCCUAGUGUACAGGAAGUCUCUGGUCAUCAACAGCGCGGCCCGCAGAACAUGUACAGUUGGAGAGAUAGUGAACUUGGUUUCGGCUGACACCCAGAAACUCAUGGAUUUCGUGGUGUACUUCAAUGCAGUGUGGGUGGCCCCGAUUGAAAUAGCCUUGUGUCUUUUCUUCCUCUGGCAGCGCCUUGGCCCAUCUGCGUUGGCUGGCAUCGCCACUGUAAUUCUCAUCUUCCCUUUGAAUGGGUUCAUUGCCAAAAUGAGAAGCAAGCUCCAGGAGGUCCAGAUGAAGUACAUGGACGGACGCAUUAAGCUUAUGAACGAGAUCUUGAGCGGAAUAAAGAUCCUGAAGUUUUAUGCCUGGGAGAAUGCCUUCAGAGAACGUGUUAUUGGCUAUCGGGAAAAAGAGCUGAAUGCUCUGAAGAAGUCUCAGAUUCUUUACUCCAUAUCCAUUGCCUCCUUCAACUCCUCCACUUUCUUGAUUGCAUUUGCCAUGUUUGGGGUGUAUGUGCUGCUUGAUGAGAAGCAUGUUCUGGAUGCUCAGAGGAUCUUUGUGUCCAUGGCUCUUAUCAAUAUUCUCAAAGCUCCACUCAGUCAACUGCCCUUUGCAAUGAGCACUACCAUGCAGGCUGUGGUGUCUCUCAAACGCCUCGGGAAGUUUCUCUGUCAAGACGAGCUGAAACGGGAUAGUGUGGAGAGAGCUCCCUACCAUCCUGAUAUUGAUGGUGUUGUUAUUGACAACGGUACUUUCAGCUGGUCUAAAGAUAGCACACCAUGUCUCAGGAGGAUCAAUGUCAAAGUGCAGCUGGGCUCACUGGUGGCUGUGGUAGGUCAUGUGGGCAGUGGAAAAUCCUCUCUUCUGUCUGCAAUGUUGGGAGAAAUGGAAAAGAAAAGUGGCCACGUCAUAGUUUCGGGCUCUGUGGCUUACGUGCCUCAGCAAGCAUGGAUCCAGAACGCCACUCUCAAAGACAACAUUUUGUUUGGACGUGAGAGGAAAGACAGCUGGUACCAGAAGGUGUUAGAGGCCUGUGCUCUUCUACCAGACCUGGAGAUCCUACCUGCAAGAGAUGCCACAGAGAUUGGAGAGAAGGGUCUGAAUUUGUCAGGAGGUCAGAAACAGAGAGUGAGUCUGGCACGUGCAGUCUACAGAAAGGCUGAUAUCUACCUUCUGGAUGAUCCUUUGUCAGCUGUGGAUGCACAUGUGGGUCAGCAUAUCUUUGAAAAGGUCAUCGGACCUAAUGGCGUUCUUAAAAAUAAGACUCGGGUUCUGGUGACCCACGGGCUGAGCUUCCUGCCCCAGGCUGACCUGAUUCUGGUGAUAGAGAAUGGAGAAAUCACGGAGAUGGGCACUUAUGCCGAGCUUUUGAGUAGAAAGAACACCUUUGCAGACUUUGUUAAAGCUUUUUCCAUUAGCGAACGCAAGGAAAGUGCCACCCACAGAGGGACCAGAAAAUCAGUAUCUCGUCUCAGCAUGACAGACUUCUCUAUUGACCUCUCCCAGGAGCAACUCAUCAGCGGAGACAUGGGAAGUGCCAGUAUACAAACCAUGGAGGCCAUAUCUGACACAGAACAGGAGCAGGACCAGGAGGAAGUUGGGAGACUCACCCAGGCUGACAAAGCUCAUACAGGCCGAGUGAAACUGGAGAUGUACGUGGAGUACUUCAGGACCAUCGGCUUGGCCUUCAUCAUCCCUGUCAUCUUCCUCUACGCAUUCCAGCAAGCUGCCUCACUGGCCUACAACUACUGGCUAAGCCUGUGGGCAGAUGACCCGGUUGUAAAUGGAACACAGGUCGACACGGAUCUGAAGAUUGGUGUUUUUGGAGCUCUCGGAUUUGCACAAGGAAUUGCAAUAUUUGGCACUACUGUGGCCAUUUCACUUGGAGGAAUAAUUGCAUCCCGGCAUCUUCAUUUGGACCUUCUCAACAAUGUACUUCACUCUCCUAUGUCGUUCUUUGAGAGUACACCUAGUGGUAACCUUCUCAAUCGUUUCUCUAAAGAGAUAGACGCCAUUGACUGCAUGAUCCCUGAUGGGCUGAAGAUGAUGCUGGGCUAUGUGUUCAAACUUCUGGAGGUUUGCAUUAUCGUGCUGAUGGCGACUCCUUUUGCAGGAGUGAUCAUACUGCCGCUAACUCUGUUCUAUGCCUUUAUCCAGAGCUUUUACGUGGCCACAUCCUGCCAGUUGCGUAGACUGGAGUCGGUGAGUCGAUCACCCAUCUAUACUAAUUUCAAUGAGACAGUCCAAGGAGCCAGUGUGAUUCGGGCCUUUGGAGAACAGUCUAGGUUUAUCCUACUGGCUAACAGCCGAGUGGACCACAAUCAAACAUCCUAUUUCCCAAGAUUUGUGGCAACCAGGUGGCUGGCAGUAAAUCUAGAGUUCCUGGGUAACUUGCUAGUCCUUGCUGCAGCUAUUCUCUCUGUUAUGGGAAGGGCAACUUUAAGCCCUGGAAUCGUGGGACUGGCUGUGUCGCACUCUCUCCAGGUAACUGGGAUCCUGAGCUGGAUUGUGCGAGCAUGGACAGAUGUAGAAAACAACAUUGUGUCUGUUGAGCGAGUGAAGGAAUAUGCCGAAACAACAAAAGAGGCACCAUGGACAAUCGAGGACAGUUCACUCCCAUCAGACUGGCCCAAAUCCGGAUCCAUUGGAUUCCAGGAAUAUGGACUUCAGUACCGCGGGGGUCUUGACUGGGCCUUAAAAGAAAUUUCUCUCAGUGUUAAUGAGAGAGAGAAAGUUGGAAUUGUGGGAAGAACAGGGGCCGGAAAAUCAUCUCUUGCUCUCGGAAUCUUCCGGAUCCUUGAGGCGGCAAAAGGAAAGAUCUUCAUAGAUGGGAUAAACAUUGCAGAGAUUGGACUGCAUGAACUGAGGUCUCGUAUCACCAUUAUCCCACAGGAUCCAGUGCUGUUCUCUGGUUCCUUGCGUAUGAAUCUGGACCCCUUUGAUGGCUACACUGAUGAGGAUGUCUGGAGAGCUCUGGAACUUGCACAUCUCAAGAACUUUGUGUCUGGCCUGCCUGACAAACUCAACCAUGAGUGUUCAGAGGGAGGAGAGAAUCUCAGUUUGGGUCAGCGGCAGCUGGUUUGCCUGGCCCGAGCUCUCCUGAGGAAGACCAAGAUUCUGGUUUUGGAUGAAGCCACUGCAGCUCUAGACCUGGAGACAGACAAUUUAAUACAGUCCACUAUCAGAACUCAGUUUGAGGACUGCACCGUUCUGACCAUCGCCCACCGUCUCAACACCAUCAUGGACUACACUAGGGUUACUGUGAUGGACAGAGGGCACAUCACAGAAAUGGACUCUCCAACUAAUCUGAUCUCUCAGCAUGGUCAGUUCUAUCGAAUGUGCCGGGAGGCUGGGCUAGUGUGAACCUUCAAUACCAGAGGAACCAUCAAUGACAAAAUCAUCUCUUCCCUCAGGAGAGACUAUAAAAAUGGUGCAGAAAUCUCACCAAUACACCUGCUCAGACUACCUGAAACUUUUCAUUACACAACUUGCUAAAGGGCAUAUCUUACCUUCUCAAACAAGAGAAGCACAA